CAGGCUCGGAGAUUAUCCAUUCAGCGCUGCAUACUUUCCUUGCUACAUGCAUGCACGUGUCGUGAUGCCAACUGCAGGUUAGCCAGCUGCCAGAAGAUGAAGAAAGUUAUCAUGCACACAAAACAGUGCAAGCGAAAACAUACCCACAACUGCCCCAUAUGCAAGCAGCUUUUUGCUCUCUGCUGGUACCAUGCUAAACAUUGUAGAGAGAUAAAGUGCCAGGUCCCUUACUGCUUGACUUUCAAGCAGAAG